UUUUUAUGAAAUUAGACGUGAGAUUAAUUUAAUCGUCAUAAAAGCUUUAUGUGAUUUACGUCGGCAAUGGUCCAAAAGUGUUGUUGCUGCCCUUAUAGUUCUGGGCACAAGCAUUCUCGGAGCCUAUACAGCCUUUGAAUUUGUGGAUACUACCACUCCAUUCUCCACAAGCCUUGGAUAUAUCAAUGGUGUCUGGCAUAUUGUCAAAGGAAUUAUUUGCAUUGGGGGUUUAUACGGCGCGUACUCGCAAGAUAAAAGAUUGGUCCAUCUUUUUGCGGUAAUAAUUAGCGUGACGGCAAUGAUUCAUUUAGUCUUUGGAAUUGGACUUGUGGUCAUAGGGCUCAAGAAUCAAGAUAAGCUUGUGGAUCUUUGUCUUCAUAAAAUUAACGUUACGUCUACCAGUGGACUGUCUUGGCAACCGGGUCAUGUUUGGUUGGACUCUUUUAACAAGCGAGCUGAUUCAGAUACAACCGCGACUUCUACCUCGGCCACCGCAACCACCACGACUUCUGCCACUUCAACGGACAAUACGGCUGCUUGUCAGACUGCUGUCAAGUGGUACCUUGCGGUUUUCAUAAGUGUUACCAUAGUAACGGUUAUACUUACGUUUUAUUUCGCCGCAGUCGCCUAUCGUUAUCGAGAUGAACUUGACGAAAACUACAAACGCAGAAAAUUAGUUUCAGACCAUGGCCCUUCUGUUUUAGUUAUUCUCGACUCAUUGAAUGUGAUACCAAACUUCUUCGCAAUGUCAACCGACGGGAACGAAACCACUGCUUUCGAUGAUGAUUUAACUUUAUCCGCGCACGCGUUAUCGGCUUUAAGUGAAUUUUUUUCAGAGCAACAGGAGCAGCAGUUAAAGUUCGAACAGUUAAGACAACGUUCAUUGAAUUCGAUUCAAAAUUAUCUGGACACGGAACGUAAAGAAUUUGUGCAAGAUGUUGGUGAAAACAUUUUGACGAAAGAAAAAGAUGAAAAGGAGGACGCUCAAGGAGUUGAUAUGAAUUAUUUCAAAGAAGAUUGGCAGUUAAGCCAAUUUUGGUACGAUGAUGAAACAACCGAUGUGAUAAUACAAGAGAUUUUGGAUAACACCAAUCCAGACAGUCAAAUAGCAUGUAUAAGCACGCCAACAGUAUUUGUAAAACUAAAGUCGAUGACACCACUUCCGACCCAAUCCAUUUGUCUAUUCGAGUUUGACACUCGAUUUGACAUCUACGGAAAAGAUUUCAUUCAGUACGAUUAUAAAACUCCUACCAAAUUUCGUGAUUCAUCAACACUCCAAAAUGCUUUUGACUUUAUCGUGGUGGAUCCUCCAUUUUUAAGCGAAGAUUGCUGCGUAAAAACAAUGAUUACUGUUAGGUGGUUAGGAAAAAAAGAGGGUUGCAAAUUUUUAGUGUGCACGGGAGCUGUCAUGCGAGAUUUAGUUAAUAGAUUGGUUAAAGCUCGCAUGACAACCUUUUAUCCUCGGCACAAGGGCGGCUUAGCCAAUGAAUUCCGUUGUUACAGAGAGAAAAAAUUAUCAAUAACAAUAUCUGAAGAUGAACGGGCAGCUUCAGGAUACAAAAGCUUUCGGAUGAAUUAUUUGGCGGUAUACUUUCUUGUGAUGGCUGGAGAUUGGCUCCAAGGGCCAUACAUUUAUGCCGUGUAUAAAAGUCAUGGAUUUAAUUUGAAUCAAAUUGCGAUUCUUUUUGUAACUGGGUUUUUGUCUAGUGGUGUAUUUGGAGUAAUUGUUGGAUCAGCAGCCGAUAAAUAUGGGAGAAGGAAAUUCUGUAUCCUUUUCACAUUACUAUAUUCUAUUGCUUGCUUGAUUGUCUUGUCUUCAAAUUUUUAUCUUUUGUUGCUUGGGAGAAUACUGGGAGGAAUCAGCACUUCCCUCUUAUUUUCGGUUUUUGAGGCCUGGAUGGUCAGCGAACAUUUCUCGAGAGGUUUUGCGCAUUUGAUUUCUAGCACAUUUUCCUACGCAACAUUUGGCAAUGGAUUAGUAGCAAUAGUCUGUGGUUUAAUCGCUAAUUUGCUGGUGAAAAAAUGCAACGUCACAACUCCCUUCUUGGCAGCAAUCGGAUUUUUUUCAACCGCCGCAUCGGUGAUUGCGACUACCUGGAAAGAAAAUUUCGGAAAUGAGCCUGAAAGGUUGAAUUCUUUAGGAGAUUCAUCGUUUUUAUCUCAGGCUUUAAAGAUCAUCAAUAAAGAUUCCCAUAUCCUUGCGGUCGGGGUUAUUCAAUCUCUCUUUGAAGCAUCCAUGUAUACUUUUAUAUUCAUAUGGGGUCCAUUUUUGGAACAUUUUUCCGCGGAAUUGCCUUUUGGCAUGAUUUUUGCCAGUUUCAUGGUUUCAAUCAUGAUUGGAUCUUUGAUAUAUAGUCACAUGAGUGGCACUCAAAAUAUUUCAUUAUCUGCAAUUGCAAAUUUAACUCUUUUUACAGCUUCCGUUUCACUAUUAAUACCCAUAUUUUUUCAAAGCGAACUCAUACUCUUUAUAUCCUUCAUCGUGUUUGAAACGACAUGCGGAAUUUAUUUUCCAUUGAUCGGAACAUUCCGCGCCAAAGUUGUUCCCGAACAUUUACGCGCAACCAUCGGGAAUCUAUUCAGAGUUCCUUUGAACUUGAUAGUGGUUACGCUAUUGUAA